AUGUCACUACCUAAACCUUUACCAAGGUUACUGACCUCCCGAUCGACGAUAUUUGCCAUCACCCGACCACGACUUUCCACCCCAUCCUCCAAGGCGUCGACUUCAUCUUGUCCGGGUACGAUCAAUCAACCUCGAUCGAUCUCAUCGAGAUCAAGGAGAAGAUACGCGACAGAAGCUAAAUUCGAUCCUGAUACUGUUGAAAGAGCAACAGAUGAAGUUGACGUCUGUAUUGUCGGUGGCGGACCGGCUGGCUUAUCAGCUGCUAUAAGAUUGAAACAACUUGAACAGGAGAAAGGAGGCGAUGAGUUGAGAGUCGUCGUAUUGGAAAAGGGUGGAGAAGUUGGCGCACAUAUCCUCUCUGGCGCGGUAAUUGAGACAAAAGCACUUGACGAACUCAUACCAGACUGGAAAGAACUCGGCGCACCACUGAAUCAAGCCGCUACUUCCGAUAGUAUGCGAUUUCUAACUGAAAAAUCAUCGUUCCCAAUGCCACAUCCACCUCAAAUGAACAACAAAGGAAAUUAUAUCGUUUCACUUUCUAGGUUCACCGCUUGGUUGGGUGAACAAGCUGAAGCAUUAGGAGUCGAAGUUUAUCCUGGAUUUGCAGGAGCAAAAGUAUUAUACACGGAAGACGGUAAAGGUGUAAAAGGUGUUGUGACCGGUGAUGUAGGAUUAGAUAAAAAUGGUCAACCAAAAGAUUCAUAUGAACCAGGAAUGGCAUUUCAUUCAAAAGUAACUUUAAUAGCUGAAGGUGCACAUGGGAGUUUAUCAAAAGAAUUACAAAAUAAGUUUAAUUUAAGAGAAGGUAAAGAUCCUCAAACAUAUGGUUUAGGUAUAAAAGAAGUUUGGAAAGUUAGAGACGAAGUCUAUCAACCCGGCAAAGUCGUACAUACUUUAGGAUGGCCAUUAGAUUAUAAAACAUACGGUGGAAGUUGGUUAUACCACAUGGAGGAUAAUAUGGUCUCAUUAGGUUUAGUCGUUGGAUUAGAUUACCAAAAUCCUUAUUUAAGUCCUUACAAGGAAUUCCAAAGAAUGAAACAUCACCCUUUCUUCGCGAAUAUCUUGAAAGAUGGUCAAUGUAUAGCUUAUGGAGCACGAGCGUUGAACGAGGGUGGUUAUCAAUCCAUACCAAAAUUGCAUUUCCCAGGUGGAGCUCUGAUUGGUUGUUCAGCCGGUUUCUUGAAUGUACCAAAGAUCAAAGGUACUCACAACGCCAUGAAGUCUGGUAUGCUAGCUGCAGAAUCAGCAUUUGCGUCAAUCACAUCCACUACAGCUGAAGCAGAGUCAGAAACCGAAAGCAAACCCGCAGAUUUAUCGAGUUAUGCAACUGCAAUUGAAAAUUCAUGGGUAUACAAAGAAUUGAAAGAAGUUAGAAACUUGAGACCUUCUUUCCAUAAUCCCUUGGGAUUAUGGGGAGGUAUGGCCUACUCUGGUUUAGAUAGUCUGAUACUUAGAGGAAGAGUUCCUUGGACUUUUAGAAACAAUUGGGAGGAUUACGAAGUUACAAAGAAGGCUAGCGAAGUGAAACCUAUCGAAUACCCAGCACCAGAUGGAAAAUUAUCAUUUGAUAUCCUUACAUCAGUCUCGUUGACUGGAACGAAUCAUGCUGAGAACCAACCUGUUCAUUUGAGAUUACCAGAGGAGCAGGGAGCAAAGGAAAGACAUACUCAAACAAAUGUAUCAGAAUAUGCCGGUUUAUUGGGACGAGUCUGUCCUGCUGCCGUGUAUGAAUACGCAGACGCGGAAGGAUCAGAGGUGGAUGCUGCCGGCAAGAAAUUUGUAAUCAAUUCACAAAAUUGUAUCCAUUGCAAGACUUGCUCCAUCAAAACUCCCACUCAAGAUGUCAGAUGGACAGUGCCUGAGGGAGGUGGUGGACCCAAAUACACUAUUACCUAG